GAUUAACAAUAAAUGUUAACUAGAAGAAAAAGUUCUGAAAUAAUUGAACCAGAGGUUGUUAAGAAGAUUAAAGGAAAUAAUGAGAACAGCAACUUAAAAGUCUAUAUAAAGAAUAAAUAGACAAGAAAAGUUUUGGAAGUAAGUAUAUCAAUAAAUAAUGAAAGAGUCGAGGAAUAACAAAUUUGUUUCCAAUAUAAGAAUAAUGUUUUGAGACAAUUUAUAAUGGAGAUGAUAUAAUAGGAUAGGAUAGAACAGGUUCAGGUAAAACUCUUGCAUAUUGUGUUCCAAUAUUGGAAAGAAUACGAGGACUAGGAUUAAAAUAAAAUAAAAAUCCUUAUGUAUUAGUAUUAUUACCAACAAGAGAAUUGGCAAUCUAAGUAACAACAGAAUUUAAUUCAAUAAUACAUAAAGAAAAUGAAUACAGAAUAUAUAGUAUAUAUGGUGGAACAGAUUUAAGAAACUAAAUAGAUUAAGUGAGAUAAGGAUGUGAGAUAGUGGUAGGUACUCCUGGAAGAAUAUAGGAUUUAUUGGAAAGAAAGGUUUUAAAGUUAGAUGAGAUAUAAGUAGUAGUGUUAGAUGAGGCAGAUUAAAUGUUGAAUUAUGGAUUCUAGGAAAAUAUAGAAAAGAUAAUGUCAUAUUUUAAUGAUAGAAAAAUAUAAAUGUUAUUGUUUAGUGCAACGAUACCUGAAUGGGUGAAAGAAUUAUCAUAGAAAUAUAUGGAAAGUAAUACUAAACAUAUAAAUUUGAUAAAGAGAAAUGAAGUAAAAUAUAUAUAUAUGAUUAUAUCUUUAGACUUAGACAUCUACAACAGUAAAGCAUUAUGCGUUAUAAUGUGCAAGAAAUUAAUUAACUGGUUCAAUAGGUGAUGUAGUAUCAGUUUAUGGAGGAAGACAUGCAAGAACAAUUAUAUUUUGUGAAACAAAAAGAGAAUGUAAUGAAAUUAUUUUGCAUUCUAAAUUACCUGCUGAAACAUAACCUUUACAUGGAGAUAUUCCUUAAUAAUAAAGAACAGUAACAUUUGAAGGAUUUAAGAAUGGAAAAUUUAAAUGUUUAGUAGCAACUAAUGUUGCAGCUAGAGGUUUGGAUUUCCCAUAAGUAGAUUUAAUUAUUUAAUGUAAUCCUCCAAAAGAUAUUGAAUCUUAUAUACAUAGAUCAGGUAGAACAGGUAGAGCAGGAAAAGAUGGUAUAUGUAUUACCUUCUAUUCUAAAAAGGAUAUUAGCUUAAUUGAAAGAGUUGAGAGAAUAGCUAAAAUCAAAUUUAUCAAAAUAUCUGCUCCUUAACAUUAAGAUAUAAUUAAGGCUAGUUCAAGAGAUUUAUAAACAAGUUUAUAAGUAGUUAGUAAAGAAAUUGUUGAUUUAUUUUAACCUGUAGCUUAGGAAAUUAUAUCUAGAUGUGAUCCUGUUGAGGCUUUAGCUAGAGCUUUAGCUUGUGUUAGUGGAUAUAAAGAUAAAUUAUAGAAUAGAUCAAUGAUGGGAUCAUUUGAAGGAUAUAUAACAUAUAUAUUAAGAACUUCUACAUCAUUCCAAGCUUGUGGAUAUAUAUGGAAAUUCUUAAAAAAUAAUUUCUCAGAAUAGAUUUGUAAUAGUAUUAAAGGAAUGAAAAAAUUAAGAAAUGAAAAUGGUGUUGCAUUUGAUAUUAGUGAAGAUGUAAAAGAAGAAUUUGAAAAUUAAUAUUAAGAAUUAACUUAAAAUGGAUAUUGUAGAGGUAUUGAAAUUGAAUAAGCUACUACUCUUCCAGAUAUUAUUGAAGAAUAAUUUUAAUAGCAUUAAAAUUAUCAUCAAUAACCAACUGUUUAAGUUUCAUAAACUGUUAAAAAAGAAUAAGAAAUAUUUAUUGGUGGAUUAGAUUUUAAAAUUACAGAAGAUGAAGUUAAAAAUGAAUUUAAAAAUAGAGGAGUUGAAUUAUUUAAUCUUAGAUUAUUAAGAGGUUAAGAUGGAUAAUCAAAAGGAUCUGCUUUUGGAGUAUGUAGAACUAAGGAUAUGGUAUCAAUAGCCUUAAAUUAAAAUGGAACCAAAUUUAGAGGUAGAAAUAUUCGUGUUAACAUGGCUAAUGAAAAACCAAAAUGA